AGUCAGUGUAGUAUCAAUCUUUAAAUUUCAUUCUCAGCAAGAGAAGAUAGUAUUAGGUUACUGUUACUUUCCUGCCCAUACAGACUAACACAGUGGCUAGCUAGGGAAGAAAGCUACACAUCUUGAAAGCUAAAGAUAUGGACUGUUUACCCAGAACUUGGUAGACAAUUACAACAGAGACAAAGGUCCCAUUAAGACAACCAUUAACUUGAAAUCACCAAAGAUGAAGAUAAAAGUAGAUGCUGCUGUGAUUAGGCUCAAAGGAGAGGUUGGAGGAGAAGUGAUCUUUCGCUGCCCGGUUGAACGAAGGGAUAUUCAACAUCUGUUCUUGCAGAAGGACCUUUCUUUUGUGAAUGGCUACUAUAAAGAAAAAGUCCUACCUAGCACAUGGCCGAACACAAAGAUGGAUAAGGAAACAAUGACUGUGCACAUGAACAGUUUGAACGUUUCGCACGAAGGGAACUAUGACUGUUUGAUCGAAUACACCAACACUCAUGAAACUCUUCCAACAGUUAUACACCUCAGUAUCACAGCAAACUUCAGUGUGCCGGCAUACACAGUGCUCCAUCAGGAUGAAACCCAUUGGCUAGUGACGUGUUCAUCUCAUGGCGGCUACCCGACCUCUACGAUGAUCUGGAACACAGAUGGGAGUGAGAUGGUGAAAGUUGUUAACAGCAGUGAAAUGACUGAUCCUAUCACCUUGACAAUCAACAGCUCCAGUACUGCUCUCUUCAACUGCUCCAAGGGAGAGAUGAAGUUAAUCAGCUGCUCUGUAGGGAGCGUCACAUCACCACUGUUCUCUGUCUGUACAUCCAAGCCUCCUGACCCUCAAAGUUACAGUCUGAUAAUAGUAGCCACCAUUCUUGUAGGUGUUACAUUGUGUGUCACAUUUGUGUGUUUGUGGCACAAACGCAAGAAAAGACAUGAAGGAACACCAGCAGCACCUGUAAGGCAAAAUCAGCUCAAUGGAAAUGAAGGGUCAGGAACUACUCCCACAAGAGAAGAGAAAAUUGCCCUCACAGCAGAAGACGCACCCUGAGAGCUGAAUUGGAGUAGAAGACACUCUGAUUAGAUUGAGCAAUGUUCUCAAAUCUAGGACUGAACUGUGUGUCACUCAAGUGUACAUCACAUGUGUUACUGACUACUAGGAAGCUAGAACUGACCAGUAACCAAGGAUCACGUGCAGUCUAGAAUUCCCUGACAUUUGUGAAUGUAUGAGGAACUAUUUUCAAAAAGUAUUCUUUUACUGGUGAAGCACAUUUAGCUUUUUCUUAAGAAAUACUGGACUUCCCCCCACAAAAAGACUUUUUCAAUGUUUGGGGAUGAAUUUGUUGUUGCGAGCUGGAGAUCAGGCCCUGAUUGGAAAGACCCUGCAGCAUGUUGACCAGUAAAGACAAAAACCCCAAACACUGCUUAGAGACUUAUUUAAUUGAUAAACUGACCUCUAUGUAUGAUGAAGCCGUUACACUUUAUGUGUGUCAUUUUGCACUGCGCUUCAUUGUCUUAAAUGCAGCUUAUUGUUAUAGCACUUUGAAAUGCCCUGUUUUUAUCUUUUUUUUUAACUUUUCAAUGUCGUAAUUGAAGAGUUAAUGUAAGUUUCAAUCUGUACUGUAGUUCCCUUUUUUACAUUCAGGGUUUUAAUUUUGAAUUGUUAAUUGUGUCAGUAUCAAAAGCUGCAAAUAAUGCCAAUAAUGCUGCUGGAGAUUUUAUUCUCUGCAUUUUGCUUCUCCAUUUGAAUAUUGGAAAUGUAAGGUGCCGUAUUGACACAGUCCACUUUGGUACCUGUAUGUGCAAUAUUGUCCAGAAACUGAAUGUUUUUUUUAAUCUUAUUUGAACUGCUUUUUGCAUUUAUGCUUUGCGUUCUUUUCCUCAUACAUAUUUCAUGUUUUCUCAGGUUAUUGUUCUCAUGUGAAAAAAAACCUGUUCAAAUUAUAAAAAGCCAUAUAUUUAUUCAUUUUAUUUAACGCCUGCCUUUCUUCAAUGUCACAUAACAUUGUUUACAAUAUCUGUAAGCAGACCUCAAUUAUUCAUCCUUCUUCAGAAAUGUAAACAAUGGCUGCUUUCCAGAAUCCCUUUGUAUAAAACACUUUUCUACUGUUUUUACUCAGUUUUUUUAUUUGUUUGUUUGUUUGUUUGUUAUCUUAUUUAUCAGUCAGUAGCCCAAUCCAUAGGGUCCGUAAAAACCAGAGCAUUGCCAGGUAAAGUCCUUGACAAAGACUGGAAAUAGACUAUAAUAGCACUACUGCGUGGUUCCACAACUCUGACAUAUAUAGGAUGAAUAAGGUGUCUUGUUCAUUUUUUGCAUAUUUGAUAUUGAAAUGUCCAGGCAAUUAAACUUGUGAAACAAAACUUGAGUUCACUUA